AUGUGGCUCGAUCGCUUUUCGGGCCACUCAAGUUCCCCUGGUGCUCCUUCACCAUUUUACCGGCAGGCUUCCCCCGUCCCGCGGUCAUCGCUUAAUGCAAGCAAUCAGCCUUCGCGCCCACCGUUCAAUGCACGAUCUUCUUCUCUAUCCCUCUCUUCCGUUGUCAACGCAUCGACAAGCUCCCUGCCAGGUGCCGUGCGCCAGACAAACGGAUCGGCUCUAAGAACGGGUGCGACGAAAGAUGCAAACGUCAGCGACCCCCUGGCAGUUUUGCAAGGUAUAAUUGGAAAGCAAACGAUCCUACACGAGUCCGAGAACUCUCGGUUGGCUCCGGAGGUGUUGGGGAAACCGGAGAAUCUUAUCGAAGAUAUCGAUUUCGGAGAAUUGAGUCUUGAAGACUACGCGAACAAGAAGGACGAGCAGGCAAGACUGCCAGGCAGCUAUCAGGCAUGCAAAUCUUCUGAAGAGCAUGAGAAAGAACGAGAGCGGUUUCAAGAUCUCCAUAGCUCAAUCGCAGGAUGCGAAGACGUCCUGAAAUCUGUUGAGACAUAUCUCUUAAAGUUCCAGACCGAGCUUGGGGCCGUGUCUGCUGAGAUCGAAACGCUGCAGUCACGUUCGUCUCAAUUAAGUUCUCAACUGGAAAACCGCAAGAACGUGGAACAGCUUCUUGGGCCGGCUUUGGACGGAAUUGUCAUCUCCCCGCGUACGGUCCGCGUCAUAUCCGAAGGCCCCAUAAAUCAUGAGUGGAUUCGGGCCCUGAAAGAGCUCGAAAGCCGGUCUGCAAGUAUUGGUUCCAGUUCACUUACUGAUGUCAAGGCGGUCGAGGAUGUAAAGCCGUUAUUAUCUAACUUGAAAGACAGAGCCGUGGAAAGAAUUCGUGAUUAUCUAGUGUCUCAGAUCAGAGCUCUACGGUCUCCAUAUAUAAAUGCGCAGAUACUUCAGCAACAUUCCCUUGCAAGAUACAAGGAGCUGUAUGGCUUCUUGACUUGUCACCAACCGAGCCUGGCAGAGGAGAUCACACAAGCCUACAUGAACACGAUGAGAUGGUAUUAUCUGUCGAAUUUCACCCGGUAUAAUCAGGCACUGGACAAACUCAACACCCAUUCUGUGGACCACCUUCUCGGUGGUGAACCAGUUUCUCAAAAAGGCUCGAGUCCUUUUCCUGCCGGACGCAAUCCGCAUGCGGCUCAUGACCCGUUUGCCGUGGGGCGACGACUAGAGGUACUCAAAUCAAACAACCCAACAGCAUUAAGCUCAUACCUCGCGGAAGAGGAUAAGUCCUAUCAUGGUAUCGAAGUUCCUUUUAGGAACUUCAACCUCGCUUUAAUCGAUAAUAUAUCCGCCGAAUUUUCCUUCAUGGCUGAAACAUUUGCGGCUAAAUCCAUCCAGCAAGCCUCGCGGAAGGUAGUGGCAAUAUUUGAGCCGGUUUUCGCUCUCGGUCAUAACCUAACAAAACAGCUAAUAGAGAACACAACCGAUUGUCUCGGGAUACUCCUUUGCGUUCGGCUAAAUCAACAAUUUGCUUUUGAACUGCAACGCCGCAAGGUCCCCGUUGCCGAUUCAUAUAUAAAUGGCAUAAAUAUGCUCCUAUGGCCGCGGUUCCAGAUGAUCAUGGAUAUGCAUCAUGAAUCACUAAAAAAGGCGUCCUCGUCGUCUAGUCGAGCGAACGUCUCGGCUCUGUCACUCACCGGAGGAGACAAGCAGUCUCUGGCACCGCACUUUCUAACCCAAAGAUUCGGGCAAUUCCUCCACAGUAUACUGCAAAUGAGCAGUGAAGCCGAGGAUAACGAACCGAUUUCAAACAGUCUGAGACGGUUGACCAAUGAGUUUGACACACUGUUGGCUAGGCUUAGCAAAGCUAGUGGCGAUGCCAAACGAAGGGAGCGCUUCUUAUUUAACAAUUGUUCCCUAAUCCUUACCAUCAUUGGCGAUACCCGAGGAAAGCUUGCCCAAGAGCAGCAGGAACACUUUGAGUCGAUGAUUAAGGACCUUGGUGGGAAGUGAUGACGGCCGUGCUUGGUCCCAAGUUGGAGAAGCAGAUUGAAAUCCCUGGGCCGGUUUAGUGAGCCCUUGCUAGACCAUUUUAAGUAAUCUGUCAACUCCAAAUGUUGUUGAAUGAACUUUCUGCGGUUCAUAAAUGCCUCCUGCGCGGAUGCCGGCUCUUAUUGGCGCCUACCGAGUUGCAAUUGACGUUUGACCUUUGUUGCUUAAAGGGGAUUCAGCGAGCCGCGAAUCGGAAAUUCUUCUAGACAGAUAUGAUGUAGCUAG